CAACAAUAUGCAUGUUUAUUCGUGUGUAUACUAACUUCCGGACCGGCGUGUACUUAGUUUUCGCGUCAUAACAAAAAACACGGACUGAUAAUGUUUCUCACAAGAUCUGAGUAUGACAGAGGUGUAAACACAUUCUCUCCAGAAGGAAGACUUUUUCAAGUGGAAUAUGCAAUAGAAGCUAUAAAGCUUGGUUCAACAGCUAUUGGAAUCCAGACAAAUGAAGGUGUGGUGUUGGCUGUAGAGAAAAGAGUAACAUCCACACUCAUUGAGCCCACCAGUAUUGAGAAAAUUCUUGAAGUUGAUGACCACAUUGGUUGUGCUAUGAGUGGUUUGAUUGCUGACUCGAGGACAUUGGUAGACAGAGCCAGGGUUGAAGCACAGAAUCACUGGUUUACAUACAAUGAAAAGAUGUCAGUAGAAAGUGUAACGCAAGCAGUCAGUAAUCUCGCACUUGCAUUUGGAGAUGAUGAUUCUGAACAGGCAGUUAUGAGCCGUCCAUUUGGGGUGGCUUUGCUGUUUGCAGGUAUAGAUAAAGAUGGACCACAAUUGUAUCAUAUGGACCCCUCAGGAACAUUUAUUAAAUAUGAAGCUAAAGCUAUAGGAUCAGGGUCAGAGGGAGCUCAGCAAGCCCUUCAAGAUGUCUACCAUAAGUCUAUGACAUUGAAGGAAGCUUGCAAAAGUGCUCUUACCAUUCUCAAACAGGUCAUGGAAGAAAAACUUAAUUCAACAAAUGUAGAGAUGUCCACAGUUACCCCAGAGAAGAAAUUUCAUGUGUUUAGUAAAGAAGAACUGGAGGAAGUGAUCAAAGACAUAUGAUUCCAUACCGUGUCAUCUUAUACUUAAUUUAUAGGACUUUCAAGAUAACACCUUGAUUUAAAAUAAAUGAUUCAUAUCCACCUGAAAGCCACUAGUUGCUAGAUACACUACAGUCAUGUGCCAAACUUAAGUUCACAAAAUGGUUAUAUCCAAUGAAUUGGAUGUGUUUCUUAUAAUAUUAUAAACACUGAUGAAAUUUUUUACAGCCAUUGAUAAAAAUCAAGUGCAAAGAAAGCUUAUACUGUCACGAACCUUAACAUCAAGUUUUAUUGAAGUUAGGUUAAUUUUGAGAUUUCAUAGUGUCCUUUGCUGAAAAAUAUGAACUAACCUGUGAAUUGUAACUUGCAUUUAUGAUCAGUACUUGCAGUUUGUAUUUUGUGUCAGCUAUGCAGAAUCUCGGGACAUGUAUGCUACGUUAGUUAAAAUAUAGAACUAAAUUGUUUUUAACAAAGGCAAGAAGUACAAUGUUAAGUAAGGUGGGAAAAUAAAAUUUUGUUAACUUAAUUUGGCAACUGUCUGUACAGCAGUUAAUAAUGAUAAUGCUUGAACAGUCUUUAAAAAUAAACUCCUGUGAGAUAUUCUCUCAAUAAUGAAUAAGAAACAAAAGUGCUAUUUGAACACUUUAUUACUGUUUUCAUGUUUAUGUAUUUUUCACAAAUAAAUAUCAUUGUCAUGCAUUUCA